AUGUUCCUAAGAAGGGCAUUUCAUUACACAAAAUUGGUAGUUAAACCAAUUUUGUGUAAUGAAAUGAACUCAAAAUGUCACGUCGAUCUUAUAGAUAUGCAGUCGAAAGCCGAUGAGCAAUACAAAUUUAUACUCGUGUAUCAAGAGCAUCUAACAAAAUUCGUUCAACUACGACCGUUAAAAACCAAAAGGGCUGAAGUUGUAGCGUAUGUUCUUUUACACAUUUUUACAAUUUUCGAUGCACCAAGUAUUCUACAAAGCAAUAACGACAGAGAAUUCGCCAAUAAUGUCAUCAAAGAAAUGUGUAAUAUGUGGCUUGAGUUAAAAAUGGUGCAUGGAAAGCCCAGGCACUCACAAAAUCAGGGUUCGGUAGAAAGAUGUAAUCAAGACGUAGAAAAUAUGCUUAGUUCUUGGUUGGAGACUAACAAUACUAACAAAUGGUCGGAAGGAUUACGUUUUGUAAAAGUGAUGAAAAAUCGAGCGCAUCGUACUGAUAUAAACUGCAGUCCCUAUGAGGUCAUGUUAGGAGCAACGUUAAAAAUUGGACUAAAGAAUUUUAUACCCAACGAUUCGUUGGGUAUAAAAUUCUUUAGUCCAACUUUUAACUUUGCGAUAACGGCAGAGAAUCGUUGA